GAUGGAGUCAGGCGAGAGGAAGCAUCCGUCAGAGGGAAUAUAAACACUCGGGGGAUUUGUGUCCCCGCCCGGCUGACCCAAAGGCGGCUCCUUCGAGGUUGGCCAAGGCAGUUGGUGGGGAGAUGGAGAAGAAUCCGUACACGAUAGCCAAGCUGGGCCUGGAGCUGAAGGAGAACCCCAACAAGCGGGACUGCGGCUUCUACAUGAAGUAUUUCUUCCUCUUCCUCUCGCUCAUCCAGUUCCUCAUUAUUUUGGGGCUGGUGCUUUUCAUGGUGUACGGCAACGGCAACUCCGAGGAGAACGCCAAGAAACACGAAAAAGCCAUCCAGGAGCGGCUCCUGGAAUGCAACAAGAAGAGCGAUGCCCUCAGCAGCGAGAUCGGCAACUUCAAGAGCCGGCUCAACGCCAGCCAGGUGGAGGCGCGGCUGAGCAAGACCCAGGCCAUCGGCUGCAACAGGACCUCGAUGAGCUGCCACAACGAGAAGUUGAAAUGCCUAGAGCAGCGGAAGCAAGACGCUCUCGCCCAACAGAUGAGCCGGGAAUGUGCUUACAACUUGUACCUUCUGAAUAUGACGACUCAAGUUCGAAUCGACUCUCUCCAAGAAAAGCUCGCCGCUCUGCAGCUGAGGAGCCAGCUGGAGCAAGGCGCCUUGUCCGGGGUCAAGAAAAACCUGCAGGACCAACUCGACCGGACCGAGAAGGAGAAGCAGGCUUGCGAGAUCGACAGGCUGGGAGAACAGUCGCGGAUGCAGAACUACCAGACCUUGACCUCCCAAGUCAUCUCCAAGCUGGAUCCCGUCCGCCAGGACCUGAGAUCGUCCAUCGAGCAGGUCAUGGCCAAGUUCACCUCGUGCUACCAGCUCAGCGGCGCCCGGCAGGACUUCAACCAGCUGACAGAGACCGUGCGGAACCAGUUUGACGUGCUGGCCAGGCAGGUGGAGCAGAAGGUGAGCAGCGUGGCGGAGGAGAACGGGCGGCUGCAGAGCCAGAAGGCCGCCUGUGCCCAGAGUGUGCAGGAAAAGGAGCGCCAGGCGGGCGACCAGAAACAGCAGUGUGAGAGGGAGAAGCAGCUUCUCCGGGACGCCCACGACGCCGAGACCAAGAAGAUGUACGCGGAGAGGCAGCAUCUGGUCGGGGAGAAGGAGACCCUCCAGUUGCAACUGCAGCAGAGCAAGUCAGCAUGCUUGAAUCUCAGGGGGGCCUCUUCGUUCCCCAGCAGCUCGUUCAUUAGGCCGGGGAGCCCUGUUUCGUCCGGGGGCACCAACACGAUGGGGAUCCCUUGGAACGCAGGGAAAGUGGUGAAUACUGCUGGUUCGGUUUCCAGCCCACAUAUCUUCCCCGGAAGAUCAGGUGCAGUCGGGCAGCCGAAUCCUGCCUCCCUGGGAAUUCCAAGCAAUGCUGACCGAUUGAGAACCCCUUUGGAGAACAAAAGAACCCCCUUGGAGAACGGGAAACUGAUGAACCAGCCGCCAGCCAUCACCGCGGGACAACCCCCCAGCGGUUAAAGGAAGCGGCGCCGGAGGCCUCCAGGAACGGCACCUGGGAAUUAAGACUCAAUUGUUGGAAAGGGGAAAGUACAGAGCUAGGAAAUCCCCUCACCUGAAGAUGCGUUUCGGACAGGGAAUCCAAGUGGAAAUGGAUGGCAGCAGCAUUGAAGGGGGAUAAGCCAGCUGCCCUCUUCACUGGUAUCUUUCCCCCAAACCAUCGCUGCUUCCUGCCGAACUACCGAUGCCCAGUUUAAGAUGUCCUAAAGAUGUUCAUUUGGUUUGUUGUGUUUCGCAAGUAGCCAGGACACACAUAAAAAUAAUAAUAAUAACAACCGCUACUACUAAUGGUUUACAUUUCUAUUCCCCAACCCCCUAGUCUAGUGGAUCAUUCAUUUCCUGUUUCCCAGUCCAGUUUUGUUCCACGAAUCUGUAAAGCCCUAGCAAGAAAUUUAGAUGAUCUAAAGCAGGCAUGUCCGGCAGGUUGAUCGUGAUCUACUGGUCUACUGGUCGAUUGCAGGGUGCCCCUGGUCGAUCUUUGUACCCCCAGCUACGUAUCUCUCCCAAAAGGAAAAGAAAAAGCUCAACAACUUUGGCUUCCUAAGGAAAGCUCAAUAACUCUGACUGCCAAUUUUUUUUAUACUGUGAGUAGAUCACAGGGUUUUUUUAUACUUUGAGUAGAUCACAGUCUCUUGGGUUUGGGGCGUCCCUGCUCUUAAGGCUAUAUAUAUAUAUAUAUCUCAACAUCGGGCAACAAAAAACAGGUCUUUGCAAGAGACGACCUUCCCUUCUGCCUUAUGGCAGGCAGGUCCAAAGUCCAUUUUGGGGGGCCUAAUCAGUUUAUUCCUUGGGGUAAAAUUGUUUAAAAAAAAAAAAGCUCAAUCCUAAAAAAAAGGUCAACUACUUUGGUCGGCCCUCACGCAUGUUCACUUCAUCAAAUCUGGCCCUCUUUGGAAAAAGUUUGGAGACCCCUGCCUUAUGGGGUAUCCAGGAGCCCGUUUAGAGUCCUUAAGUGGGUUCCCUAUCGGUAGGAGAAAUAACAGAGGCCAAGCAGAGAAUAUGGAGAAGAAAAGCAGCUUGUAAGUCUUUAUUAAACUGUUGCAACAGGGUCCCCCACUCACCCCAAGCAGGAAGGAGGAGAGAACCCCAAACAAUGGUGCACAAGCCCUUAUAUAGACUUUUGAAAUUGCCCACCCUGUAGCCCAAGACACCAUACAUACAUCACAGAAGGAGGCGGGUCUGCAGCAGAAACCCUGCCUACCAGGAUAACGGAUAAUAGUCACUGGUUUCAUUACCUGGGCAACCUGGCCAUUCCUUUUGUGAUGGUAAUAAUAAUAAUAAUAAUAAAUUUUUAUUUAUACCCCGCCCUCCCCAGUCAAAAACCGGGCUCAGGGCGGCUGACACCAACAGAAUUACAAUAAAACAUAAAAACAAUUAGUUAAAAUACAGAUUAAAAUACAGUAUUAAAACUGUAAACACUUUGAUUCCUGAGUCCAGGUCACAGGCUCACCCUAUUCAUAUACAAAUACGCCCUUAAAGACAGAAUCUGAGCAAAGAGAAAAUGGAGAGGUUUUUGCAUUUCCUUCUUCACUUCGGAGGAGGAAUAUUUGAGGUCAAUUUGGGAGAUCACCAUAGAAAGGGCAAUAGAAGACAAUGAUGUCUUCUAUUGAUGCAGAGUUGCAGUCACAAACUGUCAUUCUUUACGUCGGCUAACGGAAAGAUAUUUGGUCUUGCCUGUGUAGAGGCGUAUAAGAAAAAUACUGCUCUCUUUCCCUUGUUGUUGUUUAGUCGUUUAGUCGUGUCCGACUCUUCGUGACCCCAUGGACCAGAGCACGCCAGGCACUCCUGUCUUGCACUGCCUCCCGCAGUUUGGUCAAACUCAUGUUCGCCCAACCAUCUCGUCCUCUGUCGUCCCCUUCUCCUAGUGCCCUCCAUCUUUCCCAACAUCAGGGUCUUUUCCAGGGAGUCUUCUCUUCUCAUGAGGUGGCCAAAGUCUUGGAGCCUCAGCUUCAGGAUCUGUCCUUCCAGUGAGCACUCAGGGCUGAUUUCCUUCAGAAUGGAGAGGUUUGAUCUUCUUGCAGUCCAUGGGACUCUCAAGAGUCUCCUCCAGCACCAUAAUUCAAAAGCAUCAAUUCUUUGGCGAUCAGCCUUCUUGAUGGUCCAGCUCUCACUUCCAUACAUCACUACUGGGAAAACCAUAGCUUUAACUAUAGGUUCACUAUCUGUAGGAGAAAAUAACAGAGGCCAACCAGAGUCUAUUGAGAAGCAAAGCAGUUAGUAAGCCUGAUCUUUAUUAAACUGUUGCAACAGGGUGCUCCCUCACAGGCAGAAGAAAGGAGGAGGACAAAGGUGUGCAAGCUCUUAUAUAGACUGUUGAAAUUGCCUCCCCUGUAGCUCAAGACCACCCCCCAAAACAUCAUACAUGCAUCACAGAAAGAGGGGGUCCCCACCCAGCAGAAAUGGGAGUGUGUUGCUUCUCUCCUGUCUGCCAGGAUACCUGAUCAUGCCUUAUCAAUUGCCUUUUCUGGGUAGCCUGGCCAUUCCUUGGAGAUGAAUCUCUUACCCAUAUUGAUAACAGAUACUUGCCAGACUGUAUUUACUGGGAGGUGUAAGCCCCUACAGUCCAAAGACCAUUGGAAAGCUUUUCCCGUUUCCUUCCUUCUUGCGGAGAAAUAUUUGAGGUCGAUUUGGGAGAGUCAAAAUGGCUUCAGGAUUGCUCUGUUUCAGACACGUGGUUGAUAUACUUAUGUCUGUGUUUGCCUUGUACAUCUAUGAACAUAUAUACAGUGGUGCCUCGCUUAACGAAUGCCCUGCUUAACGAAAUUUCCGCUUAACGAAAGGAUUUUUCGAGCGGAGCUUGCCUCGCUAGACGAAUGCGUUUUUUGAAAAAUUCAUCUAGCGAAUCGCGGUUUCCCAUAGGAAUGCAUUGAAAUUCAAUUAAUGCGUUCCUAUGGGCAAAAAAAAUUCAAAAAAAAAUUCAAUGCAUUCCUAUGGGAUUCGCUAGACGAAUUUUUCGUUAUAAGAAAAGACCCGUGGAACGAAUUAAAUUCGUCUAGCGAGGCACCACUGUACCUUAGAAUUCCUAUAACACUGAUUUUCACAUUUGGCAAAUCCACCAGAGAUCUUGGCAAGGACGGGUGCAAUGGGAUCAAAGAAGCACGCCAUCUAUUAGAUUGACAGGUCUCGAUCUCAGCAGCUCACAGUUGGCAUUUCGGUGUCUCUCAGCCUGUGACGUAUUCCUUCUUUAGCGCUCUCAAAACCCUGUGUCGCAAGAAAGGGGCCAAAGCUCAUGGCUUCAUGUUUACCGUGAUGUAGGGGAUGGGCGGAGAAAUUUGGUUCAGUUCAGCGCCGAAAGACAACCUUGCUUAAAUCUGAGCAAAUUGCAGUUUGAAAUCCAUACUCCUCCCCGAAUUCCGCAACGCAGUUCUCCGGCCAGCGGAUUCGUGCAAGAAACACAUUUGCUCCAGUCAAGCAUGCAGGGAGACCCAUCAGUUAGCGAAAGGCACCCACAGAAAUGCGGAGGUCGCCUGGGGGAAAUAGGUGUGUCAUAGGCAAAGUUGCAUUGAAAAGUUUUUUAAAUGAGGGUUUUUUUGGGGGGGAAAUAGGCGUCGUCCAAAAGUAACGUGCAAAUGUGGAGAACUGAGUCGGGAGGGCAGGCAAAAUGAGAAAGCAAAAUGAACAGGUGGCCUUCCCUACCUUGCAGGGCUGUUGUGAUGAUAAACCAGGAUAUGUAUCCCCCCCCUGUGUCUCCUGGCCUGACUUACUUCAUAAGAUUUGAAUGUAAACCACGAAUGCUUUCAACAAUUCACCCUUUGGGAAGAGUUAAGUUGUUGUUUCCAGACGCCGCUUUUUGCAAGAGACAGGGCGGCGUGCCUACGUAUAAAUUUUGAUAUUAUGUACACAUUUAGAUAGGCCUAUAUGUAUAUAUCUCUCAGGAAAAGGAGGCAUUAUUUAGCUUUCGCGGGAUAGACCUUGCUAGAAAGGAUGGCUUAAUGGAGCUUCCAUGGUCAUGGCAGUCUAUCCCCGAUCGCAUGACGCUGGGGAAACAUCCUUCGGAAAUGAGGGGAUCUCUCUCCUUUCCAGACAGUGCCGGAUUUACGUGUAAGCUCAACAAGCUCUAGCUUAGGGCUCCAAUCUCUUGGGGGCCCCAAAAAAAUUAAAGGAAAAAACAUCUGGAUGUACAUUUCCAAAAUAUAAGAGAAAAAAAACUAAUGAAAUAAAAUCUACAUGCAGCAA